AUGGCUCAAGCAAGUCAUAUGAAUACUAAGCCAAAACAGUCGAUUCGAUGGCGAAUUUCUAGAAGUAAUGAUCAAUUAAAUAGUGGAUUGCAUCCUAGUCAACGAAAUGUUCAACAUCAUAUUGAAUCAAGUGUUGAUAGAACAGAUUAUUCUAAUACUCGUAUUUGUAUAUGUCAAACAGCUAGACAUCAUCCUAACUUACCAAUGAAAAUAAGCAAUAGAAUAUCUUCAAGUAGUUCAUCGACUAAUAAUACACAAAUUAAUCAAGGACAAAAUAUUUCUAUUGGUUUACGUACUUCUUCUAAUCUACAAACUAAGAGAACAUCAAUUUUAUCUUCGACAACAGAUAGUACAAGUGAUAAUAUCAAUAAAUUGACAACUUUUUCCUUUCAAAGAAUAAAUUCUCAACUACAAAGAAUAAAUUCUCAACGAAAACGAAAAUCACAUUUAAUCGAAAAUACUGCACAAUUAACUCGUGAAUGUGUUAUUUGUUUAUUAGAUCAACCAAUUUAUUUAUUUGAAGAACGUUAUAGUAAUCAAUGUGAACAUUUUCAAAGAACAAUAUGUGAUACAUGUGUUUAUAAUAAUAUAAAAACUCUUGUUGAAAAUGUGAUAAAUAAUCAUAUAUGUUGUCCUGAACCGAAUUGUAUGGCUAUAUUUAAUUUUGAAAAUAUUCGUUAUAUUCUUACAAUGGGAAAUAAUUUAGAAUUAUUUGAACGAUAUGAUCGACAAUUAACAUAUCAACAUCUUGAACAAAUUCAAGAAUUUAUUUGGUGUGCACAUAAUGGAUGUGGUUCAGGACAAAUACAUAAUAUGAACACAACAUAUUCAAAUCCAAUGGUUACAUGUAUUAAAUGUAAAAAACAAACAUGUGCUUUUCAUCGUAUAAAAUGGCAUGUUGGUAUGACAUGUCAAGAAUAUGAUCAAUUAAAAAUAUCAUCGAUUGAUGAUAAUACACAAAUAUGGCUUAGAAAUAAUUCAAAAAAAUGUCCAUUAUGUCAAUCAUAUAUUGAAAAAAUUUCUGGAUGUGAUCAUAUGACAUGUACAAGAUGUAAACAUCAAUUUUGUUGGGAAUGUUAUGCUGAUUAUAAAAAAAUUCAAAUUUAUGGUCGUAGACAACAUAUGAAAUCUUGUACACAUUAUUUACUUUAUACUCAUUCAAAUAAUCAUUUUUAUAGACAAAGAUUAAUAAAUUGUACUAUUUUAUAG